AUUUCUACGAUCAAACGCUAUUCACCCCCCCCUCUAGCGUUGGUCUAUUAUUCUAACAAUUGGUAUCAGAGCCUAACUCGCGUCCAAACUUAACCGUUUGAGAGUAAAGUGAUCAUGGGUUCUUCUUCCAGAAAUCUUUAUGCAGGAAUUGGAGAAGGUCAAUCAACCUCUAGGCCACCACUCUUUGAUGGCACCAACUACACAUAUUGGAAAGAGCGGAUGAGAAUUUAUAUCCGCUCAACCAACUUUCAGUUGUGGUUGGUCAUCAAGAAUGGCGAGGAAACUCCAAUGAAGAAAGUCGAUGAAAAACUCGUCCCAAAGACCGAGGACGAAUUUGAUGCCGAAGACAUCAAAAAGGUGGAGAACUACGCCAAGGCAAUCAACAUGUUGUACUGCGCGGUCAACCCAGAUGAUUAUCGCAAGAUCUCUUGCUGCACCACUACAAAAGAAAUGUGGGACAAGCUGGAGGUCACAUAUGAAGGUACGGACCAAGUUCGGGAAGCCAAAAUUGACUUCCUAACGCAGGAGUACGAGAUGUUUAGGAUGAAGGAAGGCGAAAAGAUCGAUGACAUGUUUGAUCGGUUCUCAAAAAUCAUCAACGACCUUCACGCUCUCAAGAAGACGUACGCCAACAAGGAUCUCGUGAGGAAAAUCCUGCGGAGCCUCACACCCGAAUGGAGAUCAAAGGCUGACGCAAUCUACGAAUCCAUCGGAGUCUCCAAUGUCACCAUCGACGGGCUAAGAGGUAACCUCAAAACUUAUGAAUCCACUAUUCUAACCCCGUCUUUGGAUGAACAAAAGAAGAAGGGAAUAGCGCUGAAAGCAACCAAGGAGACCGUGGAAGUAGACUCAAGCGAUGAUGACAACGAGUUCGGACUCGUCAUCAAGAAAUUCCACAAAUUUAUGAAGAAGGAAUUUGAGCGCAAAGGAAGAAAGCACGACGGUCCCCCGAAGUGCUAUGGCUGUGGUGAGAUAGGCCACAUCAAGCCGAGGUGUCCAAAAGGCAAAAGCGGCAAGAACAAACCUGGCUUCAAAAAGCAACAAGCCUAUAUCUCGUGGGGUGGCGACUCCGGCGAUGAGUCAACUGAUCAAGAAGAGGAGGAAGCCGCCAACCUCUGCCUCAUGGCGCACGAAGAUCAAACCGACGACGUUCAAGAGAUAAUUCUUCAUCUUGUUGCUUCAAUAAUGGCCGGAGGAAAGAAUACAAAGGCUUCCAAGAAGAAGGGCAACGCCGAAGCUACGACCUCAGCGCCCCCGCUGUUCCCCUACCUCGAUGGAUCUUUCUUGGAGUUCAGGUCGGAGGAGGAACUCACCCGAUUUCUCACAUACUUCGCCAAGUGCCCGAUCUCUCCGCCCCGCGUGCUCCCGGAGCUGUUUCCUCAACAAAAGGGGUACCACGACCUUGACAAUCAACUCAAGGAGUCGGGUUUGUGGCCCUUCGUCUCCAAGAGUCGCACCGCCUUCAAUCCUGCCUAUGUCCGGGCUUUCUACUCCAAUCUCCGUCGGGACGGGGACAUCAUUCGCAGUAGCAUCAAUCUCUACGACAUAGAGAUUGACUUGGCUACCUUCGCUCGGGUUGCAGAGCUGCCUACCCGCGGUGCCGACAUAGCGUCGUACGGUGGCGACGACUGGAUCCUCAACAACGAGGCGGUUGUCAUUCGCGAGCUUGGCAUCACCAACUUGAUCUGCCACAGCGGCGCGCCGACGAUUCACUCGGCCCCACCGGACAAGCGCCUCCUCCUCUACAUCAUCACCCGGAUUCUUCGCCCCCGGGAUAGCAGCCAUACCUCGCUUUUCAACGAGGACUUGAAGGCGAUCCACGCCAUCAUCCACGGCGCCUCCAUCAACUGGGCGAAAUUUGUCAUGAUUCACAUGACGGAUUGCGCCUCCAUCACCACCGAGCGAAGCUUGCCAUACGCCUUCCUCGUCAUGGACCUCAUCGUCUCCGCCGACAUCCACAUCGCAGGGCCGGACACAAAGAUGACAAAGCUGUGGAUCAUCCAAGACAGCACCUUCCGGAAGAAGUCCGGUGACAGAACCGGCGCUGGACCAAGUCGGGCUCCAGCCCCCGCUCCCGCCAAGGCCUCCUUACAGUCCAUAGCCGAUACCCUGAAUCGGCUAACCAUCACCGUGGAUGGCAUGGGCCAGUACUUGGAGAGGAUAGACUGGACGCUGCAACGCCUAAACCACGACAUGACGGCGUACUUCCGCGGCAUCAACUACGUCCCGCCACCCUUUGACAGCACCUUCCUCGGCCAAAACUAUGAAGGCGAGGAUGAGGAGGAUGCCUCCUAUGCUCCGUCCUCCUCCCCCGACGAGGCCGAUUUUGAGGACGCGGUCGACGGGGAUCCCAUGGACGUUGAGGACGACGAAGAAGACGAUGACGCCGAGGACGAGGACGCCGCUGCCUAGACUCUACUAUCUCGCCUUUCUCUACUUUGAUUGCAUGUUUUAUUUAAAUUCCGUUGUAUUCAGCAUUUUCUCCUCUUUUAAUGAAUAAAAGUUCACUUU